GCCUCCAUCAGCUCACAGUCUGUCUGGGACUCGUAAAGCUUGGUUCACUUAGCACUGGGACUUUCUCUAGUCAUGAUCGGGAUUUCCUUGCACGUCUUUUUGCUACUUUUGACACUGCAGACUGUUGCUGUGGUGAAGGCCAACUCUGAAGACAAUUUGGUAAGAAGUAAAAGAGUAUGGCUUCCCCCGCCAAAGCAAUUGAUGGAAAAUAAAAACUACUCUCACGAUAAAACUGUUGCCAAGAUUCAUUCGGAUAAAGAUGACAAACAGGGAAAUGUUGAUUACUCUCUAGAAGGCAUUGGCGCAAACCAAGAUCCCUUCCAUGUGUUUGUCGUCGACCAUAGAACUGGAAACAUUCAUGUAACCAAAAUUCUGGACAGGGAGUUCAUUGACACUUACAAUCUAAAAGGUGUUGCUACGUUCAAGAAUGGCACGCUUGCAGAGGACAAUAUUGACAUACGGUUCAAAAUCAAAGAUCAGAACGACAAUCCACCAGUGUUUGGAGACAUGAAGGCCGGGGAGGUAACUGAGCUUAGUCCUCGAGGCACUUCAGUUAUGAAUAUAACGGCAACUGAUGCUGAUGAACAAGGGAAUAAGAACUCUCAGAUCGCCUAUACUAUCCUUCAUGAAAACCCACCUGAUGGGAUGUUCGGCAUUCAUCGAAAUGGGACUGUCUAUGUCAAUAGCCCAGACCUGGACAGAGAGAGAGUCGAUCAGUACAUUCUUACGGUCCAAGGUACAGACUUAAAUGGUGCACCAGGUGGACACAUUGCAACCGGCACUGUUGUCAUUGAUGUCAAAGAUGUGAAUGACAACCUUCCCACUUUGGAAAAAUCUGAGUAUGAAGCCAGCAUUGAGGAGAACACAGACGAAGUGGAGGUGAUGAGGAUCAAAGCAGAGGACGUGGACAUGAGGGCCACAGAUAACUGGGAAGCCGUGUUUGACAUCGUCAAGGGCAAUGAAGCCGGAUACUUCAGCAUUAAAACAGACCCCAUAACCAACGAGGGCAUCCUAAUGCUCGACAAGGCUGUGAAUUAUGAGGAUGUGAAAAACCUUGAACUUGGACUGGUUGUAAGGAACAAGGCUUCACCUUAUGAUGAAUCUGGAGGGGCAUCCGGUGCAACAGUUGGUUCCGGUGGUUCCGGUGGUUCAGGUGGUUCCGGUGCUUCAAGUGGUUCCGGUGCUUCAAGUGGUUCCGGUGCUUCAAGUGGUUCCGGUGGUUCAAGCGGUUCCGGUGGUUCAAGCGGUUCCGGUGGUUCAAGCGGUUCCGGUGGUUCAAGCGGUUCCGGUGGUUCAAGCGGUUCCGGUGCUACAGGUGCUUCAGGUGGUGGAUCAGGAACCACAUAUAAGACCUAUCCCAUCAAAAUCAAUGUGAAGAACAAGCCAGAGGGGCCAAGUUUUGACCCCAAAGUAAAAGCUAUUCCCAUCUCAGAGAGAAGCUCUGUCAGCAUUAAUGAAGUAAUUGGCAGCUACCCCGCAAUGGAUGGAGACACUGGGAAAGCAGCUGAGAAUGUCAGGUAUCUCAAAGGCUCAGAUCCUGGCAACUGGCUCACAUUUGACCCAAAGACAGCUGAGAUCAAACUGAACAAGAUGCCAGAUAGAGAGUCUCCAUUCCUGACCAACGGGACGUAUUCUGUUGAAGUACUCUGCAUUACAGAAGACAUGCCUUCUGUAACAGCCACUGGCACAAUAGCCAUCCAGGUGGAGGAUUUCAACGACAACUGCCCCAUGCUAAUCAGUGACUUCCAGACUGUAUGUAUCCCUAAUGGUGCCGUUAUUGUGGAGGCUAAAGAUGACGAUUUUUUCCCCAAUGGAGCUCCUUUUGUCUUUGAAAUCAUCCCAGAGGGCACUAAGGGCAAAUGGCAGGUGGAGCACUACAAUGACACUGCAGCCAUUCUGAGGGCCAAGGAGUACCUGUGGCCCGGUUUCUACGAGGUGACUUUUGUGGUGAAGGACCAGCAAGGGCACGCCUGUCCAGAACCACAGAAAGUGACGGUCCAAUCGUGCACCUGUGAGGAUGGGGAGAUGUGUGGAGAACGAGGCAAAAAUGGUCAGAGCAAAAGAGACAUAGAGUUAGGACCUGCAGGCAUCGGACUGCUGUUCCUGGGUCUGCUGUUGCUACUAUUCUUACUUCUGUUGCUGCUCUUCUGCAAAUGUGGGGACGCCACAGGCUUUACUGAGAU